AUGUCAGAGACUUCCUCCCACGACUCCUUCUACGACUCCCUGUCAGACGUGCCGGAAGAAAGCAGGAAUGCCGACAUCUUCCCGGAGCUCUCUGCUUUCCUCAGCCAGGAGGAAAUCAACAGGAGUAUCGACCUGGCCAGGAGAGCCUUUGCCAACUCUGAGACAGAAGAUCUUGACCCAGGAAAGGGGAUGGUGCAGGUUUUCAGCGCCUCCCCUGCAAGCCUCUGUGAUAGCCCUCCUAGGAAGGGGGCCCUCGGUGGACACGGCCUAGGGAGGCCUCAGACCAGUGGGCCAGCGCCUGCCCAGCCUCUGCCUGACCCAACCAAGGGCACCCCUUCCCCCACUUCGAGGAGGAGGCCCGCCGUGCCAUCCCUGCUGGCCAGCCCCAGCUACAUCCGGAGCCUCCGAAAGGCGGAGAAGCGUGGUGCCAGGGCCCCGACCCCGACGGCCAAACCCAGACCCGCAGGCCAAGGGGAAGCCGGCCCCCAGAGCCAGCAGAGUGACAGGGCGGCCAGUUUCAUCGAGGAGCUCACGUCCAUAUUUAGAGAGGCGGCAAGGCCACGGAACCGGAGCCCAGGGGGUGAGUCCUCAUCGCCAGACAGCGGGUACCUGUCGCCCAAGACCCAGCCACCAGCCCUGCCGGGCGCCUUGGCCAGCCAGAGCCACACGGAAGGCCCGCGGGACAUGGAGGCAGAGGCCAAGCCGGCCGAGGCCAGGCCUUGCUCCCAGCCAGCCCAGGCCGCGGCCCAGCCCCGCAGCAGCACCUGUCACCUGCUGCUGCCCCAGGAUGCGGGCCACCCACCCUCUGCCCCUCGGUUCAUUCAGAAGCUGAGGAGCCAAGAAGCAGCCGAAGGAAGUCGCGUUUAUCUGGAGUGCAGAGUCGCGGGGAACCCGGCUCCUCGAGUCAGAUGGUUCUGCGAAGGGAAGGAGCUUCUAGACACACCUGAUAUCCGCAUCCGCAGCGAGGCGGGCGGCCUGCAGACCCUGGUCAUCGCAGAGGCCUUCGAGGACGACACAGGCCGCUACACCUGCCUGGCUACGAAUCCCAGCGGCUCAGACACCACAUCUGCUGAGGUGUUCAUUGAAGGUGCCAGCUCAACAGACUCUGACAGUGAAAGUUUAGCUUUCAAAUUAAACGCUGGAGCGAUGCCACAAGCUCAAAAGAAAACAACGUCUGUUUCCUUGACAAUAGGAUCAUCCUCCCCAAAGACAGGGGUGACCACAGCUGUGAUUCAGCCGCUGUCUGUGCCUGUUCAGCAGGCUCCCAGUCCAACUGCGCACCUCUGCCGGCCCGACGGAGCCACCACGGCCUGCUUCCCUCCUGUUUUCACAAAGGGAUUUGGCAUGUGGACCUGUCAUGAUGCUCCUGGGCACCGGGAAGAAUUCUCAAAAACUAGACACCACUUCCUGUUUCUUGUGCAAGCCCGCUUCCGAGGCACCGACAUUCUGCUGGUGACCUCCCCUUCCCAGAAGAAAACUAUGCUGUGUCCUAUGGGCUACCAAUCUUCUCUCCCUGCCCUGAGGGGUCCUGUUCAGGCCUGGGCUCUGGAGGAGGGGCAAGUGCCCAGCGGGUCUCGCCACCGUGUCUUGCGAGCCGGAAACCUGGCUCUGACCCUUCCUCGGGAACCUGAAGGUCUCAGUGGGCUACCUCAGGCCAGGUUACUGCAGCCAGCCCUGAAGCUCUCACAUCUGAGUAAACAAGUUCAUCUUGAGCAGUGCUACAUUGCUACCGUCUCCAAAGCGUACAAUCGCCGCGGUCCUCAGAUCUAUCCUGAGGACCACAGCAUGCUGACCCAAAAGAAUCUCAAACAGUCUGUUACCCAGAUUAUCAUCAGCAGUGGAGAUGGGGGACAGCAGGAGAUCUGCACCCUCGUCAUCGCCGAGACCUUCCCCGAAGAUGCAGGGAUCUUCACGUGCUCAGCCAGAAAUGCCUACGGGUCAGCAGCCAGCACCGCCCAGCUGGCUGUCACCUCAGCCAACGUUGAAAACUGCAGCUACGACUCGAUGGCAGAAGCCAACAGUGAUCCCUUCCAGCACUUUCCACCUCCUCCUCCAGCCUUGGAGACAAGUUCCCCCGAGCUGGUGUCCAAGAAACUCUCCGAGCUCCAGCAGGUGAACAGCCCAGAGCCAGGCCCGGGCAGGGCGGCCCCUCGCACGCAGUUCCAUCAGGCAGAGAGGGACGCUAACGGGGUCCGCCCCGGCCACGGGGCCAGCGGGCUGCUGAAUGGCGAGCCGGACGGGGCGGAAUCCCUGCCAGCGCCAGCCAUCCUGCCCUCACCCACGAAGGCGCCGCCGCCUCUGCUGGCCAAACCCAAACUGGGAUUCCCAAAGAAGGCCAGUAGAACUGCUAGAAUCGCCUCUGAUGAGGAGAUCCAGGGCACAAAGGACGCGGUCAUUCAAGACCUGGAGCGGAAGCUUCGCUUCAAGGAGGAGCUCCUGAACAACGGCCAGCCGAGGCUGACAUACGAAGAAAGAAUGGCUCGUCGGCUGCUGGGUGCUGACAGCGCAACGGUCUUCAGUGUUCAGGAGCCGGAAGAGGAGAUGGCUAACCAGGAAAUUGGGUCUCCUCAUGCUUCUGUAGGGAGUCCUCUGGAUGGUCAAAAGGAGUACAGAGUCUCCAGCUGUGAGCAGAGACUCAUCAGUGAGAUCGAGUAUAGACUGGAGCGGUCUCCUGUGGACGAGUCCAGCGACGAAGGCCAGGAGGGGGACGUGCUUACGGCAGCCGUGGUGGCCCCAUUCUUUGAGAUGAAGCUGAAACAUUACAAGAUCUUCGAGGGCAUGCCUGUAACCUUCGCUUGUAAAGUGGCUGGAAGUCCAAAGCCAAAGGUCUAUUGGUUCAAAGAUGGGAAGCAGAUCUCUCCCAAGAGCGAUCACUACAGCAUUCAGAGAGACGUGGAUGGCACCUGCUCCCUCCACACCAUGGCCUCCACCCUGGACGAUGACGGGAAUUACACGGUCAUGGCUGCAAACCCCCAGGGCCGUGUCAGUUGUACUGGACGGCUGAUGGUGCAGGCCGUCAACCCAAGAGGUCGCAGUCCCCGCUGUCCCUCGGGCCAUCCUCACAGCAGAAGGCCCCGUUCGGGAUCGAGGGACGGUGCCGACGACCGCGAGCCGACUCCGGAGCGAUUCUUCCGGCCCCACUUCCUGCAGGCGCCGGGGGACGUGACGGCUCCCGAGGGCCGGCUCUGCUCCUUUCCGAUGCAGGUCAGUGGACUGCCAACCCCAGAUCUCAGCUGGCAGCUCGAUGGAAGGCCCAUCCGGCCCGACAGCGCUCACAAGAUGCUGGUGCGUGAGAACGGGGUGCACUCGCUGAUCAUAGAGCCUGUCACAUCACGAGACGCCGGCAUCUACACGUGUGUAGCCACCAACCGAGCCGGACAGAACUCCUUCAGCCUGGAGCUCGUGGUUGCUGCUAAAGAAGCACACAAGCCCCCGGCGUUUCUCGAGAAGCUGCAGAACACAGGUGUCGCCGACGGGUACCCAGUGAGGCUGGAGUGCCGUGUUUCGGGGGCUCCCCCGCCCCAGAUAUUUUGGAAGAAGGAAAAUGAGUCACUCACGCACAGCACAGACCGUGUGAGCAUGCACCAGGACAGUCACGGCCACGUCUGCCUGCUCAUCCAGGGAGCCACCAAAGACGAUGCGGGGUGGUACACAGUGUCGGCCAAGAACGACGCAGGGAUCGUGUCCUGCACCGCCAGGCUGGAUGUCUACACCCAGUGGCAGCCACAGCCACAGAGCACCAAGCCAAAAAAAGUGCGGCCCUCGGCCAGUCGCUACGCAGCACUUUCGGAUCAGGGCCUUGACAUCAAGGCAGCGUUCCAGCCUGAAGCCAGCCCGUCUCCCCUGGUGCUGCACACGGCCCUGGUGGAGAGUGAGGACCUGUAGCCCAGCCUCCUGUGGUGCGAGACGCGGAAGCAGCCAUCACCUUGACCAGCGUGCUCCUGUGUUUUGUGCGUAGAGAGCAGAAACAGACCUUUGACCCUGCGAAACGAAAAAACACCAAAAGGACAUUUUUCUUACUUGAUAUACCAAACUUAGAGCUUCAGUAGGUGAUGCUAAUAGAGAUGUACACAUUGCACAGGAAACUGACACUUAUCGUCCAAUUUUAAGCUUUUGGAAUUGCUGUGAUCAGAGUGGUCUGAAAUGCCAAAAUGCUAAAGGAAAUCAGUUGUUCACGAGCAGCCACAACCCAUGUUGUCUACAAGUGCCUUUAAAUACGGCUGUGGUGCUAUGUCUGUGUAGCAUGGUAGUGUGAAGUGUCUAACGCAGGCAGCCGUGCCACAGAGGGGACCACAGGGAUUCCGGAGGACAGAAGCGCCAGGGAACCAGGGAGUGUGUGGGGUGAACACCAGGAAGGAAGGACAGGAUCCAAGCAA